AUGAGCCUUGCACGUCAGAUCACAGAGAUAAAGCGCGAGGGCCAGUUUCUUAUGCAGCUCUCGAGCCACUAUGAACACAUCGUUGCCCAUAUGACAUACGAAUGCAUCUUCUUCAUGGCUUUACUGUUUGACGCAUAUAUCGUCAUUACGGAAUCAAAGCUAAUAACGACCGCCGUGCGUUACUAUUUCCCGAUCCACAUUCUCAUAUUCAACGCUCUGAUUUCAUUUUCCUCAGGGGUCUACCUUAGCUUUUCGUCCAUGCUGAUUAUUCGAGCCAAAGGUCCCGAGGAGAUGAUUCUCUCACUCAGGAACUACAUUAUCACCACUGUCCUGCUUCAGCACACAAAGUAUCCACUCGUGCUCCUUGCAGGAAGCAUGCUGUGGGGGUUUGUUACAUGGAAAUAUCUACACGUAGCACUCGGACUCAGCCUUAUAAUUGCCAUUGUGAUCACCCUGUGCUCUUACGCCUUGGGAGUUCUCUGUGCGCUCUUGUUUGUUAUUCCAGGUGACCAAUGGGAAGAGUAUACAAAAAGCAUCGUAACUUUCUUGAAGCAGGUGUGGAAGAAGAUCAGAAGACGGUGUAGAAGGUGCACAAGGCGCUGA